AUGAUUGAGUGGGGUGAUAUCUACAAAGUGGUGGCGGCAAUGGCGCCGCUCUACUUCGCACUGGGUCUGGGGUACGGCUCGGUGCGGUGGUGGAGGUUCUUCACGCCGGAGCAGUGCGCCGCCAUCAACACGCUGGUGGUCCACUUCUCCAUGCCCUUCUUCACCUUCGACUUCGCCGCCCGCACCGACCCUUACUCCAUGAACUACCGCGUCAUCGCCGCCGAUGCCGUCUCCAAGGUCCUCACCAUCCUCGCCGUGGCCGCCUGGUCGCGCUGCUGCGGCGCCAAGGCCGGCGCGCACUCCUGGUCCAUCACCGGGUUCUCCCUCGCCGCGUUCAACAACACGCUCGUCGUUGGCGUGCCGCUGCUCGACGCCAUGUAUGGUAAGUGGGCGCAGGACCUCAUCGUGCAGAUCGCCGUCGUGCAGUCCCUGGUGUGGUUCCCGCUGCUGCUGCUUGCCUUGGAGCUGCAGAAAGCAUGGCUCGGCAUCCCGUCCACGGCCGACGUUGAGAGCACCACCAGUGCAGCCAGUGAACUGGCUGGAAGCCGUGUCGAGCUGGUGUUGCCGUUGCCAUCUCCGUCAGAAAAGGACGGCGCCGACGUCGAGGUGAACGCGGAACUAGAUGCACCUGCCAGGAUCCGGAUCUGGCCGAUGGUGAGGACCGUGGGGCUGAAGCUCACGUGGAACCCCAACGUGUACGCCAGCGUCCUCGGCGUCGUGUGGGCCUGCGCCGCCUACAGGUGGAACCUCGCCAUGCCGGGCAUCGUGAGGGGCUCGUUGCAGGUCAUGUCCAAGACGGGCACGGGGAUGUCCAUGUUCAGCAUGGGCCUGUUCAUGGCGCAGCAGGAGAGGAUGAUCGCGUGCGGCGCGGCGCUGGCGGCGCUGGGGAUGGUGCUGCGGUUCGUCGCUGGCCCCCUCGCCGCGCUGGUCGGGGCCGUCGCGCUCGGCCUCCGCGGUGACGUGCUGCGCCUAGCCAUCAUACAGGCCGCACUGCCUCAAGCGAUCGCGUCCUUCGUCUUCGCGAAGGAGUAUGGACUUCAUGCCGAUGUACUCAGCACAGCGGUUAUAUUCGGAACACUGGUUUCUCUGCCGGUGCUAAUUGCGUAUUAUGCAGUCCUCGGCAUCGCGUGAUGAAGAACUAAUUGUAAAUGUGCAAGGAACUAAUGCGCCUUUUGGCUCAUUUUGGGGACGCACAAGAAAG